AUGAGUUCAUUCGUUAUUGAUACAAUUAAGAAUCAAUCCAGUUUGGUUACUUUAACCGUAGGAUUGAUUACUUGUUAUAUUUUAUACAGUUGGUCUGGUUGUUGUGGUGGUGCUUCCUAUAAUGUUAAACCUGUUCAAUUCUCAAUCCCAAUUCCUGAGCAAGCUAAAGAAGGUUGGAAAGGAGAAACUGCAAAGACUACUGAUAUCUAUGAUUUAUCUCAACCUGGCAAGAUUCAAUCCCAUUGUCCUGCUACUGGCCAAUAUCUAGGUUCAUUCCGUUCUAAAACUGUCAAAGACAUCGAUGAAAUGCUUUCAAAUGCUGAAUCUGCUCAAAGAAACUGGUCAAAAUCUUCUUUUGAAAGAAGAAUUAGAUUCUUGGUCACUUUGGAGGACUACAUCUUGAAGAAUCAAGAUCUAAUUGCUCGUGUUGCCUGUAGAGAUUCUGGUAAGACUAUGUUGGAUGCUUCAAUGGGUGAAAUUUUAGUCACUUUAGAAAAGAUUAAAUGGAUUGUUAAACAUGGUGAAAAGGUUUUGAAGCCAUCAAGACGCCCAGGUCCAACAAACUUCUUCAUGAAGUUUUAUAAAGGUGCUGAAAUUCGUUAUGAACCAUUAGGUGUCAUUAGUUCAAUUGUCUCUUGGAACUAUCCUUUCCAUAAUUUAUUAGGUCCAAUUAUUGCUGCCCUUUUCACUGGUAAUGCCAUCGUAAUGAAAUGUUCAGAACAAGUUGUCUGGUCUUCUGAAUUCUUUACUGAUUUAGUUCGUGAAUGUUUAAUUGCCUGUGGUGAAGACCCUAACCUAGUUCAAUUGUGUUAUUGUUUACCACCAACUGAAAUUGAUAAUGCCGCCAAUUAUUUCACUUCUCAUCCUGGUUUUAAACAUAUUACUUUCAUCGGUAGUCAACCUGUUGCUCAUCACAUCUUGAAAUGUGCUGCUCAGUCUCUGACCCCAGUAGUUGUCGAAUUAGGUGGUAAAGAUGCCUUUAUUGUCUUGGAUUCUGUCACUAAAUUGGAAGCUCUAUCUUCAAUUAUCUUACGUGGUACUUUCCAAUCUUCUGGUCAAAACUGUAUUGGUAUUGAAAGAGUAAUCGUUAGUCAAAAGAAUUAUGAUAAAUUGGUUAAAAUCAUCGAUGAUCGUAUGACAAAGGACCCAAUGCGUUUAGGGUCAGAUAUCGAUCGUGUUAAAGAUGUUGAUAUGGGUGCUAUGAUUUCAGACAACAGAUUCCAAGAAUUAGAAAAUUUGGUUAACGACGCUGUUGCCAAAGGUGCAAGAUUAUUACAUGGUGGUUCCCGUUAUGAAAACCCUGACUUCCCUCUAGGUCAUUAUUUCCAACCAACUGUAUUAGUAGAUGUUACUCCAGAUAUGAAGAUUGCUCAAAAUGAAGUCUUUGGUCCAAUUUUAGUUAUGAUGAAGGCUAGCGACACUAAUGAUUGUAUCCAAUUAGCCAACUCUGCUCCAUUUGGUUUGGGUGGUUCUGUAUUUGGUGCUGAUACUACUGAAUGUAAUUAUGUUGCCGACAGAUUACAAACCGGUAAUGUCGCCAUUAAUGAUUUUGCUACAUUUUACGUCUGCCAGUUGCCGUUCGGUGGUAUUAAUGGUUCUGGUUAUGGUAAAUUUGGUGGUGAAGAAGGUUUAUUAGGUCUAUGUAAUGCCAAAAGUAUUUGUUUCGAUACAUUGCCAUUUGUAUCCACCCAAAUCCCACCUCCAUUGGAUUACCCAAUUAAGAGUAACAAAAGAGCUUGGUUAUUCGUCAAGAGUUUCAUCACUGGUGCCUAUACAAAUUCUAUAUGGGAACGUAUCAAAUCUCUAAUCUCAUUAGCCAAAAAUUCUUAA